AUGGAGGCGACUGUGGGGCUCCUCUGGCUGCUGACCCUUGGGGAAGCGUGGGGGAGCGGGCCAACCGGGUCCGCGGGCUGGGGAAGGGGCGAGGGGCCGCUGCUGUUGGCCAACGUGAGGGAGAAGAUUCGUCUGUCGUGCGACGGGAUCCUCCGGCCCCUGCGCUGGGCCUGGGCCCCCCGCUUCCCCAACUGCGGGUCCAGGGUCAGCCCGGGCCGUCGCUCGGUCCUGGGCCCAGCCGUCGCCCCCUCCUCCAGGCUGCCCUUCCUCCAGCGCCUCCGGGCCCUGCCCCCGGGCAUCCGGGAGCUGGAGUUGACCGUGGCCCGGGGGGACUCGGGGACCUUCUACUGCAUCGGGGAGCCGCGGGACACCGAGAGCCGCGUCCGGGUCACCGUUAGGGAGGACCUGGCCGCCUGCCUGCCCCAAAGGGCCCCGGCCAGGCCUCCCCCCACGGCCUCCCCCGUGCCCCCCGGACAGCUCUACCCGCCCCUGGCCGCCGGGCUGGUCCUCGGCCUCGCCGGGCUGGGCCUGGCCUGGAAGCUGCGACGGGGCGGGAGAGGCAGUGAGCCUUGGGGAGUGGCAGAGCUGUUAAGGAGAGGGCUUUACAUCCGAGGAAUCGGGGAGAGGGUCAAGCAGGGCUUGGUUCCAGGGGAGGCCAAGACACUGCCCCCGGCACCGGAGGAGCCCAUCCUGGAGCGGGGGGAUUCUGAUUUGGACAAGUUGGAUCACGCUCCCCGUUGGAACCCCCGCCGGCAGAGCCCUGACACCCCCACCAUCUAUGCUGUUGUUGUCUGA